GGGUUGGGGGGGGGGCGGGGAACGCUUGUACUGAGAAGAUCAAGUCUGGGACCUGACUUGAAGCACAAGUGAAGGCUGAUUUUUACCCUGCUUUCCAGAGUGUGAGGCAGAACUCACCAACCAGUACUUAGGAGCGCUUUUCCAACGAUUUUUGUCCGCUAGGUAAGAAAUUUUCCAAAAAUCUCCCACCCUAGGCAAAACACUGAAAACGAAGUUUUCUAACACCAGAGAAGAAAAGGGCGAGACAGACCGAGCCACCCCCACCCCCACCAACGCACACAACGGUGCCCAUCCCACCGGCUGCGCUCUCCCGCCCCCGGCUCCUCGCCCUGGGGACAGCUGGCAGCCCAGCGCGGGACCAGACACAAAGCGGAUCAGCCUGGGGGCGGGGGCCCGACCUGCAGGACUCUCCCUCCAGCAGCCAGCCUCCUGCCGCCGUCCCUCGCUUAGGACCCUGCGGACACCGCGCCCGGUGUCCACGCCCUCUCCUCAAGCCCCCCCACCCUUAAAAAGAAGGAACAUCCCAGACCCUACGUCCCAGGGCCAGAAGACCUGCCAGUGGAGACACCCCGGACCAAAGAGACUGACAUCGGGACAGGACCCGCCCCUCUGCCUCCACUUCUCCCCGGACCUCUGCUGUCCGCCACCCCACCAAGUGCUGGGGGCUCGGCCCGCCUGUCACGCUCCAGCGGGGGACCCUCGGCCACGCAGCCAGCUGGCGCCCGCGUAGAUGGCGAGGAGCCCCCAAGGCCUCCUGAUGCUGCUGCUGCUGCACUACUUAAUGAUCGCCCUGGACUAUCAUAAGGCAAAUGGAUUUUCUGCAUCAAAAGACCACCAUCAAGAAGUUACAGUAAUAGAGUACCACGAGGCUAUUUUAGCUUGUAAAACCCCAAAGAAGACUACUUCGUCCAGAUUGGAGUGGAAGAAACUGGGACAGGGUGUCUCCUUGGUCUACUAUCAACAGGCUCUCCAAGGUGACUUUAAAGAUCGAGCUGAGAUGAUAGAUUUCAACAUACGAAUCAAAAACGUUACAAGAAAUGAUGCUGGAAAGUAUCGCUGUGAAGUCAGCGCUCCAUCUGAGCAAGGCCAGAACCUGCAGGAAGACACAGUCACUCUAGAAGUCUUGGUGGCUCCUGCAGUUCCUUCAUGUGAAGUACCCACGUCUGUUCUGAGUGGAAGUGUUGUAGAGUUACGGUGUCAAGAUAAAGAAGGAAACCCGGCUCCUGAAUACACAUGGUUUAAAGAUGGCACCAGUUUGCUGGGAAAUCAAAAGCUUGGCAAACACAAUAGCUCAUACACAAUGAACACAAAAUCUGGAAUUCUGCAAUUUAACAUGAUUUCCAAGAUGGACAGUGGGGAAUAUUACUGCGAAGCCCGUAAUUCUGUCGGACACCGCAGGUGUCCUGGGAAAAGAAUGCAAGUAGAUGUUCUCAACAUAAGUGGCAUCAUAGCAGCUGUAGUAGUUGUGGCCUUCGUGAUUUCUGUAUGUGGCCUUAGUAUAUGCUAUGCUCAGAGAAAAGGCUACUUUUCAAAAGAAACUUCCUUCCAGAAGGGUAAUCCUGCAUCUAAAGCCACUACAAUGAGCGAAAAUGAUUUCAAGCACACAAAAUCCUUCAUAAUUUAAAAGAAUUCCACUUUCAAGAUGCACCAAAACCACAGCUGUCACACAAGUUAUUAAAAUAUUAUAAAAAUCUGCUUUGUCUUACAUUUUCAAAGAGAUGGAUGAGGAGAUGACAUCAUAACUUUUAUGACCUCUAAUUCACCUGAAAUUGUUAUUUUAAGCAGAGUUCUUGCCAUCACCUAGAGUACAAUCUGGUAUCUUGUGUCUGAACUAAAGAGAAGGAAAAUACCUGUUAAGAUUCAGAGUUUUGUGGAGUGCAAAUGAAUGUCAAUGAACGUCUGCGUUUAGAACUUCCAUGCGAAGCUAACCCACGAGGCAAGUAUACACUGCAAGUGCUCUCCGCGUGAGAGUGGCUUAUGUGUUCCAGAAGUCCUCUGAAGGAUGGAAACUCUGGUCUCAAAAUUCCCACCAGAACCUUCUUCUUACCUCUAAAUAACCCUGAUUUCCGGGGUCCCUUGUCUCUAAUGUAUCCAUCCUUCAGGGAAGCCCAGGGCUGGGUCUUCCGCCCAAGGAUUUGCACUUUGUGUUUACUUUCACCUCUCAGAACCAAAAACAACACGAACGGGGCUGCUUGCUGCUACUUCCAUCUCCUGAGACUCCUUUGGAGAGCUCCGGGACCUGGACAUCAGAACGCACUACUAGAACCCACACAACUUCGUAGACACCUUUCUCGGCAUGAGUGGUGAUCUUCCAUCUACCCCUAAACACAAUUCUGAGCUGGGCUAGUCCCUCACUGCUGAAGAUAAGGGGCUGCCAAUCUGCUUCUAAUGGAAACGGGACAUGGGGGAGAGAAGCGUUGGCCCUGUAUGUAAAAUGUGAACAAAUGAGCUCAUUUUCACUCCCAGCUUGCUUGAUACAGCAAAGGCACAUGAGAAACCAUGGCAGAAACGAGACAAGGGUCUAAUGUUUUCUGAACUGUUUAACCAUAAAGGCCAGCGGCUGAUGUCAGAAUAUGAAGUUUCCAAGGCUCAAGAGUAAAACCAGUCCUAUUUGGACUGUUUGGGACUGGUUUACCCAUACUGAAAACAAAAUGUAACUAGGGAUGUCUAGUUCUGGCUAACAGCAUGAGAAGGUCAUUUGUCAGCUUUAAACAUGGUUAAAUUGGCGUCAAAAGAGUUUGUUCUUUCUACCCAAAAAGCAAAGCAGAUUCUCGGGAUUCACUGAACAAAUGGAGUAGGCGGUUACGGAGUACCUAUAGUGAUCAGGCCACUGGGGAGUUGCCCCAGUACUGCCAUACUGCUCCCCUGUAACUGUGUGGCCUUCAGUCCUUCUCAGGAGACCCCUUCCUAAAGGUCUCACUUCUGUAAUAUGCUCUGCUCUCAAGGUCAGAUUCACACUUAGUCGAGCCAGCAAACUCUACAAACAACAACACAGUAGAUAUUUUAACUCCCAUGCUUCCUGUUGCGACCACUCAUUUCUGUCACACAAUGAGAACAGGCAAGUUAAGUGUGCCUGUUCCAAGAAAACACAGUUCACAAAACCAGUGACAUAGGUGGCAUUUGCCCACAGGGACAAUCUCCUCAUUCCUGGUAGUAGCAAAUGACAAACAGACACCUGUGGUGUAUAAGAAAUCAGGGUAAAUGUUGCCUAGGCCCUGACUCUGAGACUUGCUUUGAUAGGAAGAACGCUGUCCUUCUGCAGUGCCAAGUAGACAUACAGUCUCAAGGAUGCCUCUUCAGGCCAUACACCACCAUCACAAGAUCAACUGCUUCAACUUCAAUGACACAAAUCCACAGUGUGAGAGGACAAUUAUGUAGUGCCUUAACUUCACUAAUAGAUGAAAAGCUUCCUGUCAUCACACUGAAGCCUAGAGAUUCCUUUUAUGUGAUGUAAAAAUCUAACAAAGUCUGUGCCAAAUACCUAUUAUACAUUAUUAACUAAAAUACUGUACACAGCUAAGCAGAGAUCAUUGAAUAAAGAAUACUUUCUUCUACACAAAGGCUAUAACUGCAAACACUAAUCUUCUAGUUAUUAAGUCUGUCAGUGGUCACUGCCAUCCAGACUUGUCCAUUUGCUGUUUUCUGAGACUUGAAUACUAAUAGUGUAUCAAAAUUCAGCAUUUUGGUUUAAUUUUUCCACAGUGAACCUGUGAUCUGGCUCUAAAAACUAUGGUCACAACCUUUGUUUUAGUAUUGUUGCUAUUGCAACUAGACGCAACUUAUUUUUAGUCAGGGUGGGGGUUAACUUAACUAAGUCUGAGUGUUUAUUUUUCAAUACAACUUUACAAAGAACUUCCUUCGUUCUACAGCUCACUUUUUGAUCAAAGUCCACAUUUCAAAAAUAGCUUCAGGCAGCUAAACUUUUUAGCCCCAUUCAACAGAGCAGAGGAAGUCACUCACCUAUUGUUCAGUAAAACCCAGGAAACCCCUCCCGCUUGCCACCUGCAGCCGUGGGGUAGCUCUUGAGGAGCUUAAGAUGAGAAUCUGACUCAUGGCUCGCUUGGAUACCUGCCAACCUCUAAAGUCAGAGAAGAAAAAGGGAAAAUACAUAUUGGAUGCUUUAUGUAUGUAUGUCAGAGGUGGGGAUGUGGGGGUCAGAGGUUAGAGAGGAGCCUGUCAUUUUACAGUCGACCACUUCUCAGGUUUGCAGUACUGCUAAAGGAGCUGGGGUCUUUGUGAACACAUGUCCACCUGACCCACAGUUCAUACUUUUUCUUCAUUUUAAUUCUCCAGUUCCUUAUACUUUCUCUUCAUCCUCAGUAACCUCUGGCUCACCCAGCCCUCUCUGGUCCCCAAACCUAUCUCUGUCUCCUACCCAUUCUGUCAUGGUGGGACACAUCUUCAACCACUCUGAUUUUCAGAUCUCUGUAUCUCUGUAUCUUACAAAGUCAUCUCCAAGCAUACUUUAUUUUGACUGAUUAUCAGCCCAUCUCCUUUCCGUUUCCUGCUGUUAAGGCUGUUAUGGCCCUUGGCAUUCUCCUUCCAUUCUGUCCUGUUGUGUGCCCCAUACCCCACCCCUAAGCCUCUAUUUCACAUCCCUUCUGCCUCCCUGGGCUCUCCUCACAUCUCCUCCCACCUAGAUAAACACACUCAGCAGCUAGAAGCUAGAGUCCACACAAGAACCAUGACACUUGUGUUUGUGCCUAAUCCUUUCCAGUUCCAUCCAUUUUCUGGCAAUUUCAUUGUUCUUCAUGGCUGAAUAAAAUUCUGUUGUAAUUCUUGUUUUUAAAUGCUGUUAGUCGUCAACAUUAUAUGUAAAUUCUAACUGCACAGCCAUCCCAUCCCUAAAUUUCUCCAUCUUUAACUUCCUCAUGGUGCCAUUAAAACUGGAAUCUCAGGCUUUCGUCAUCCUCACCUUUUCUGGGGCCUUCUCUCAAGACCCUCUUUCGGUCACUUAACGUCUCCUGCUCCAAGGCAUCCAUCCUUUCCUCACCCCAUCUGACAGCCUGCCCACGUACUGUCAUGUCUAAUGACAACUCCCUUCUCUCUUCCCCUGGCUAAACACUUUCACUCUUUCUUGAUUUAAUCAAGUCUACAUUCCACAGCUGGGAAUUAAAAGGCUCCUCCUGUCCCCUUACACAUAAGCUCUCAUAAUAUAACCCACCUGAUCAGCCACAUGUGAUUCUUCUUUGAUUACAUUAUUAUUCACUGAUCAAACUGAACUGUUUGUCUUUACAAUUUAUUCUGCCCUUUUGAAUACAUGUAUUUACAAUACUUCCCUUGGAAUACUAGUCCUCAGCACAAGCUAUGGAAAUUGUAUCUACUCCUAACAGGUCAAAUUCAACUUGCUCUAGCUCAGCCUUCUCAUUUGCUAGCUGCAAGUUUCUUCUCUGAAUUCCCAAGGCAUUUGAUUCUUCUAUUGUAUUUAUUCACUUCUGUGUUAUAGCAUAAGUAGAUAUGGACAUGUCUGACACCUCUAGCAAUCUGAAACCCCAAGAAAAAGACUGACUCAUGUUGUACAGGUCUUCAUAAACCCCAAGGUAUUGAAUAGUAUCUAACAUGAAAACAGUUCCUAAAAAUGCUGAAUACUUGUGAAGCACAGAGAAUGAUUAAAUGUAAUCAUCUACUUAGAAUAUUAAUAAAAUAUAUUCUGAUACAACUCA